AUUUUUUGUAGAAUAUUGAAUUCUGCAAUUUUAUACUCUCGUUCUGUGUCGUUUGUGGUACAUUGGGGUGGCUUGUACGAAUGGCUAAGGACGGCGACUUUGUCAUAAAGCCGCAGAAGGCAGCGCCUCCUAUUGACACAUCGGAAUGGCCAUUGCUGCUGAAGAACUACGACAAGCUUAAUGUGCGUACUGGUCAUUAUACACCUUUACCUCAUGGUUCAUCUCCGUUGUGUCGUGACCUUCGCAACUACAUAAAGUAUGGUUUCAUAAAUCUGGACAAGCCUGCGAAUCCAUCAUCGCAUGAAACAGUUUCGUGGAUUAAGCGUAUAUUGCGUUGCGAGAAGACAGGCCAUAGUGGUACGUUGGAUCCCAAGGUCACCGGUGUUCUCUUGGUUUGUAUUGACCGAGCCACCAGACUUGUCAAAUCACAGCAAACUCAUGGUAAGGAAUAUGUAGCUAUCGUCAAGUUCCACUCGCUACCGGAGAGCCGUUUUAAGGUGGAGAAAGCUCUACAGACAUUAAGCGGGUGUUUAUUUCAACGUCCACCACUGAUAUCUGCUGUAAAACGCCAAUUACGUGUGCGUACAAUUCAUGAAACUAAGAUACUGGACUAUGAUGAAAGUCGUUGUAUGGCUACAUUUUGGGUACGAUGCGAGGCUGGUACCUAUAUUCGUACAUUAUGCAUCCAUUUAGGGUUAUUACUCGGUUGUGGAGCACAUAUGCAGGAGCUUCGUAGAGUUAAAUCAGGUCACAUUUCUGAGUACGACAACAUGGUGACCAUGCAUGAUGUACUGGAUGCUCAGUACUUACUAGACAACACCAAUGACGAAUCGUACAUUCGUCGUGUCAUAUCGCCUUUAGAGCGUUUGCUGACUGACUACAAGCGUAUUGUUGUCAAGGACAGUUGUGUGAACGCUAUUUGUUACGGUGCCAAAUUGAUGGUACCUGGUGUUUUACGUUUUGAGAACGGCAUAGAGUUGCACGAGCAGAUUGUGUUGAUAACUACCAAGGGCGAGGCCAUUGCUUUGGGUAUAGCUCAGAUGCCCACUGCGGUGAUCGCUUCUGUUGACCAUGGUGUCGUAUCGGUGAUUAAGCGCGUUAUAAUGGAUCGUGAUACAUACAGUUUGCGUUGGGGCUUCGGCCCUCGUGCAACUGAGAAGAAGCGUUUGCAGAGUGCUGGUCUGUUAGACGAGCAUGGCAAGCCUAAUGAAAAGACACCGGCUUCAUGGACCAAGAGUGAAGGGUACCUCCCACCAAUGAUCGGCGAGGACGCUAAAAAGCGUGUUCAAGAGGGAGAACCCGAAGAAGAUGCACCUAAAAAGCCUAAAAACGAUUGACUACAUUAUAAAUAU